AUGAGCGCGAUUAAGGUUGGCGUUAUUACAGUCAGCGACACAGCGUCGGUGGACGCAGCUGCAGAUAGAUCGGGUCCAACAAUCCAGGAGAUCGUUCGGCAACGAGGACAUGGUUGCGUACGCUCGACCAUUCUUCCAGAUGAUGAACAGCGAAUUACCGAGACAGUCAAAAACUGGUGCGGUGAAAACGCUGUUGACUGGAUCAUCUCCACAGGGGGAACGGGAUUCGGCGUGCGCGAUAGGACACCUGAAGCAAUCGCCCCCUUAUUGGAGCGCGAAGCACCGGGAAUCGUCCAUCUACUACUAUCCGAGUCGUUAAAGCACACACCGCUGGCAGCACUCUCUCGACCUGUCGCAGGCACCAUAGGGAAUACUCUCGUCGUCACCCUUCCUGGCAGCGUCAAGGCAGUCAAAGAAAACCUGGAGGCUCUUUUUGCGAAUGGAUUUAUUGAACAUGCCAUAGAUCUCGUCAGAGGGGGGACGGGCAAGCAGGUGCAUGCUGCUAUGGGUUCGGGACACCAUGGAGAUGCAACGCACAACCACCACCACCAUCAUCAUCAUCAUGAUCACCGCGCGCCGCAGCCUCGGUCGAUUUUAUCUCAUGAUCCUUCUUUACCUGUUUAUGCUCGUCAUCGCGUCUCACCAUAUCCACAAAUAUCCCUCGAGGAUGCUUUGAAGAUGAUCAUGAAUGAGAUUCAACCACUGGGAAUCGUAUCUCUUCCUGUGACACCUGAGCUGGCGGGCCACAUCCUGGGCGAAGAUGUAAACGCUCCGCAAAAUGUCCCUUCUUCCAAAACUACCAGCGUAGAUGGCUAUGCACUUCGCUCGUCUGAUCCUCCUGGAAUAUACAACGUUCUGACGUCCAGAACUCACCCCUUGACCGAUGUCCUUCCUGAGGGAUCGAUUUUUCGCAUUAACACGGGAGGACCACUACCAGCAGGGACGGAUACGGUGAUCAUGGUCGAAGACACUGAGCUAUUAUCCACAUCCAAGGACGCCAAUGGACAAGACGCAGAAGAAAAAGAAGUGAAGACCCUCGCACAGGUCCCACCGGGUGACAAUAUCCGAGAACCAGGCUCUGACGUGCAUAAGGGAGACCUCGUGCUUCAGAAAGGCGAAGUCUUGACAAGCCUCGGAGGCGAAGUUGGGACCCUAGCAUUUAUCGGGCGAAAAGAAGUCAAAGUGCAACGCAAGCCCGUUAUCGCUAUUCUGAGUACAGGAAACGAGCUUCUAGACCUCCAAUCUCCUAACUCACUUGCCUCUGAUGGUUGGGGAGGCAUUUGGGAUACUAACCGGCCAUCACUGCGGGCAGCCCUCGAAGGAAUGGGGUAUAAUGUUAUUGACCUUGGAAUUGUUGCCGACGACAUCGACGCGCACGUGAAAGCAAUAAAACAAGGUCUCGAAAAUGCCGACCUUUUACUCACGACAGGCGGGACAUCCAUGGGGGCGAGUGACCUCCUCAAGCCCGUAGUGGAACGUCAGUUCGGUGGUACGGUACACUUCGGACGGGUGUCGAUGAAACCCGGAAAGCCAACCACGUUCGCAAGUAUCCCUACCCCACAAGGGGAAUACGAGAGGAAAUUUAUGUUUGCUCUGCCUGGUAACCCUGCUUCUGCACUGGUUACAUUCUACAUCUUUGUCGUACCAGCAUUGCGGAAGCUUGGCGGAUGGCCUGGUGAUAGAUGUCAUCUGCCCCGCGUGCGUGUGAAGCUGGGGGAUACCAUGCGACUGGACCCUCGUGUCGAAUUCCAUCGCGUGAUUGUGAAAGCUGGGGAGGAGGGUUUACGAGCAACGAGCACAGGUGGCCAGAGGUCGAGUAGAGUUGCAAGCCUGAGCGGAGCGAAUGGCCUUGUGCAACUUCCAACAAAAAGGGAAGGUGGACCAGACAGAUUGGAAGCUGGGAGCUAUGCAAAUGCUGUCAUUAUCGGAGAGUUGCAGAUGUGA